AUUUGCGGGGUCCAUGUGAUAUUCAUGGGCGGUAGAAGCUGUGUAAAAAGAGCGAUUUUGAAAACCUCAUAACGCAACGGCUAAAAAAGGCGAAGAACCCCCAAAUUUUAAAUCUCUAAGAUCCCUCCGUCAGAAUCAACGUUUAGGGCUUUCUAGAUUGCGGAUGCAGAGGAGGUGAAACAAAAUGGUAGCUGUUAAGGGUUUAAGCACAUUCAAGAGUAGGGUUUCUGGAGAACUUGAGACCAGGAAGAGUGUAAUAGGUGGAGUCAGAAGCUUCAAGGUGUAUACAGAAAAUGAAAAGGUUAAGGUUCAUAGUAGGGAUCAUGCUGCUGCUGAAACUACAAGGAAGUCUAUGCCAGUCAAAGCCGAAACCAGUCAAAUUCAAGCCACUUGUCUAAAGGGUGCUCUCAACAAAUUGGACAAGAUUCAUGUAAAAAACAUUAACUCCACUCAAGGUAAAGCAGCAAGAAAAGUGCUGGGAGAUAUCAGCAAUUCUCAGGGUAAUCUUGAAAAGAAUGAAGCUUUUAACGGCUCCAAUUCUGGAAAAGUUAAAAUGGAAAAGGUGGCAUAUUCACAACGGGCUUCAAUUGCUACAAAAUCAAGGAAUGCGAGUUCUUUAUCAGGCAAACUUUCAAUGGGAACACGUGUUGGAAGCCAAAGUGAAGCUGUUGAAGGCCGUGUUACACAGGGUAGAGUUGGCAACAAGGAUUCAAAGGUCUUUGAUGGUAAUACAAGAACAAGGCUACAAAGUAAAGAAGCUGUUGGUUAUGUUCCAAGGGAAUCUACUAGGAACUAUCGCCCACCACAAAGGAAAUCUUUUCCAGUUCUAAAGCAUGUUGAGAAGACAGAUACAUGUGACAUCAAGAAAGGAAACUUGGGAAAUAAAGCAAAGAACAAGGAUAAAUUUGGAUUCUCUGUUAAACCUAAAGUGGGGACAACAGUUGUACCACAAGUAAGCAAUGGUAGGGACCACCGUUUAAAGAAUAGAGUUAGUGAUGGAUCUAUAAAUAUGGUGUCAGAAGAUCCGUCAACAGGGAAUACGAAGAGAUUAUCUAGGAGGUCAAUGAAGCCAACAGUGAAAACUACAAUUGGCAUUCCUAAAGUGUCAAGAAGAACCACUGUUUUUACCAAACCAAUAUCUUCAACCUCUGUUUUAUCCAAGAAAAAGGAAGAAACAUCAGCAACUUGUGUUUUAUCAAAGAAAAAUGAGGAAACAUCAAAUCCAACCGCUAAUAAUGGGAAAUCUAGACGUCGAAAAUCAUACACAUCUUUGCUAAUCGAAGGAUCAAAGAUGCUAAAGGAUCUUGCCAGUGUCACAAAGGAGGAGAUUUUGCCAAGUAUAUAUGAUGAUCGCAAUCAACUUGAAGUUUCUGAAUAUGUUGAUGAGAUUUAUCAGCAUUAUUGGGUUACCGAAGCACAUCAUCAGUCACUGAAGAAUUACAUGGACAUCCAAACAGACAUCACGCCUCAAAUGCGGGGGAUUCUCAUAAAUUGGCUCAUAGAAGUACAUUUGAAGUUUGAUUUGAUGCAAGAGACGCUUUAUUUGAUGGUGACACUGUUAGACUAUUAUUUGUCCGUUGUUAAUAUUAAGAAAAACGAAAUGCAAUUAGUUGGUCUCACAUCGCUCUUGUUAGCAUCCAAAUAUGAAGAUUUUUGGCAUCCAAAGGUUAUGGAAUUAAUUAGCAUCUCAGCAGAGUUAUACACGAGAGAUCAAAUGCUCAAAAUGGAGACAACAAUUUUACAUAAACUCAACUUUCGUCUUAAUUUGCCCACCCCAUAUGUUUUCAUGCUGAGAUUUCUUAGAGCUGCUCAUGGAAGCAAAGAGUUUGAAAACCUAGCAUUCUUCCUGAUCGAGCUAUCUUUGGUGGAAUAUGAUGCUUUACAUUUCAAGCCAUCAUUGCUAUGUGCAUCAGCUAUUUAUGUUGCUAGAUGUACUCUCCAUUUGGCCCCACCAUGGACCCCACUUCUAUCCAAACAUUCUCACUAUCACGAACAUCAAAUUAGAGAUUGUGCGGAAAUGAUCUUGAGAUUUCACCAAAGUGCAAGAAAAGCCGUGCUGAAAGUUACAUUUGAUAAAUACAUGAGCGAUCAUAACUACAAAGUUGCAAGUAUCAGACCUCUCAACAGGCUUCCAUCUUCUUGAUUUUAGAACCAAUAUCUUAGUUGGAUCUCACAUCAGAGACCAUUGUUUUUUUUUUUUUUACAUUAUGGUCUGUAGUCAUGUAUCUUCUUC